GGUCCUCGAAGGAUUCAGUUGAAUAAGGCACCGUGGCACACGCCGAUAGGGAAACGAUCCGGGUAGAAGGUGGAACAAAAGGAGGGAGGGAGGAGGGAAGGAUAGGAGGGAGAAUCAUUGAACUGAAAGCAUACGUCGGGGAUCCGUCUGUGAUGUUUUGUCCCCUUUCGAACGGUGGAUGGAAACAGCUGAGAAUGUACCGGAGAAGGUGGAAAGCACGACCAAGAAAUCGAUAUUCCCCGACAAAAAUGGUGUUGAGCGAGAUGGUAGAUUAGCGAGGCUUGAGGGAGGCUUGAGAGAGGGAUGUCUUCUUCUUCUAUCUAAGAGGGAGCAAACCCACCUAUGAGUGCCACGAAUCGAUGCUGAGAAGUGCCUUCGUUAUAUUGCUCUAGAUAAUCCUUAUCUUAGACUUCUUUUCAAAAUCAAUCAUAGAAGCAAAUUGAAUUUGUUCACUGAUGACAAAAAUAGAUGGAAAUGCCCUGCUCAUCUGCUGAAGUAGGUGGAGACGACAUGAACUUCGAACACCUAGAAAAGUUCAACUUUGCCUUGCACAAAAGAAUCAAAUUUUGAUUAUUGAUUAAACAACUGAAUAAACGACAGGAGGUAUCAAGACGACCGACAUCUUGAGCGAUUUGAAAAUGUGUGCCCGUGUGGCCUAUUGCGUUGACAUUGACAAGUCCGUGAUCAUUGGGAAUUUUGAAAAACGCGGUUGGAUAGCCGUGAGUCAGGAUGAUGAUUGGCACUUCUAUUGGGCAUCCACGCAAACUUGUCGCAAUCUAUUUGCAGUGGAUUCGGGUUAUCGUAUGAACGAUUUCCAGAUGAUCAACCAUUUCUCGAAUCACUAUGAACUGACUAGGAAAGAUCUGAUGGUCAAGAACAUGAAGCGAUAUCGUCGCGACCUCGAACGCGAAGGUCAUCCUCUGGCGGAGAAGAAUGAAAUGGGUCGCUAUCUAUAUUUGGACUUCAUUCCAACCACAUUCAUCUUGCCAGCAGAUUACAACAUGUUUGUGGAAGAGUAUCGCAAGAAUCCGCAAUCCACAUGGAUCAUGAAACCUUGCGGAAAGAGUCAAGGAGCGGGCAUUUUUCUCAUCAAUAAGCUCUCGAAGCUCAAGAAAUGGUCCCGAGAAUCCCGGACCGUCUUCAAUCCUAACCUGGUCAAAGAAUCCUACGUGAUCUCCAGAUACAUCGAUAAUCCGUUGCUCAUGGGAGGAAGAAAGUUUGACCUAAGACUCUACGUUCUCGUCACCUCGUUCCGACCUUUGAAGGCCUAUCUGUUCCGUCACGGAUUUUGCCGAUUCUGCACGGUCAAAUAUGACGAUUCCGUCAACGAGAUCGAUAACAUGUACGUCCAUUUGACCAAUGUGUCGAUUCAGAAACACGGAGAGGAGUACAACAACAUCCAUGGGGGUAAGCUCACCGUCCAAAACUUGAAGCUCUUCUUGGAAACCACUCGCGGGAAAGGCCCCACCGAGAAGCUAUUUAACGAAAUAUCGUGGUUGAUCGUUCACAGUCUCAAGGCCGUGGCUCCUGUGAUGGUCAGUGACCGACAUUGUUUCGAGUGCUAUGGCUACGAUAUCAUCAUUGACGAUAAUCUCAAGCCAUGGUUAAUCGAGGUGAACGCCUCUCCAUCAUUGAGCUCGACAACCGUGAGUGAUCGGAUCAUGAAAUACAAGCUCAUCAACGACAUUAUCAACUUGGUUCUUCCCCCUGACGGUGUUCCCGACGUCAAGUGGAACAAGAUCCCGUCUCAAGAUGAAUUGGGUGGUUUUGAACUGCUUUUGGACGAGGAACUAGCUUCCCAAAACGACUCGUCCUCGUCUGGCUCCCGCAAGAAUAAUAAGUGGAAAUAAUCCAAGGGUUCACAUCAAUUUGAAACAGUAAUCCGAAUUGGUUUUUAUUGGCUGUCGAAAGGUUGAAUGUUUGUCAAUGUUCUUUUCGUACAUGAACAAUGAAUGGGUUGUUGGUCAAUGAAUGCCCUUCAGUAGAAGGUUAGAAGGUUUAGUAUUUCUGGGAAACGUAGGAGUAAGAGCUGCCCUUCGUCCAACUUACAGUUACAACUAGCCUAAACGCUGGGAAGAGAUGGUCAUUUGAAGGUUCAUUGAUCAAUAGAUAAGCAGACAUUGUGAAUAUUGGUUUGAAUUGAAUCAGAGGCAGGCAUUUAUCAUUAAUGAACAACAAUAAAUGCAAUUUUGGGGAGAAAAAAGGUGAGCGAGCAAGUGAGUGAAUGCAUCAUCAGUACACUGGUAUAUGACGACGGCUUGUACAAGUUAGAAAAUUUGGUGCAGAUUAAUGCAACUUAUGAAUUAAAACUAAAGAAUGGAUCAGGUAUUUGAUUGAGAAAUCAAUCGUCCGAAUCGGAUCAACAGUUGAUCUCUUGUCUUCCUUCAUGAGCGGGUAUAAGCUAGAGUAUCAAAUUCAUCUGGCCCUGUAGAUGGGAAAAGGAGGAACCAAACAGACAAUUGAGUGAACAAUCAUAAGGGAAUCCUUAAGAGUUACGGGGAAGAAACGGAUAGAGAAA